AUGCUCGAAGUUCCCGAUGCUAAACGAGUUCGACGAGAAGACCUAUAUGAGUCUAACUCAGAGGACGAGUCAAUGCAGGAUGAUCAAUUAGACUCAACCUUACGUGGAAAACUCAAUGCGCAGCUUUCCGGUUUGCUAGGUCUUAAUCUCGAAGCAGAUGGAGAUGAUAUCGCACAAAUCCCCCCAGGGUCUCGAAUAAAGAACGCAGCUGAUGAUCUCGUUGGCGACGACGAAGAUGCUCAAAAAUCUGGAGAAGAGGCGUUUACUUUUCGAUUGUUCCGAAAUGAAGAGCCAUCUCACAAGGUAGUCCUCGAAUCGCAGGACAUCGGCACUGAAAAGGCCGGCGAGGGCGCCUUUGUGGUACAAAAACGCCCCAUCUCGUAUUAUUUAGCUAGUGAGCCACCACCUGAACUUGCAAAUGAAUUCAGAGUGGCUUCUGUAAGUGCAGAUUACCUUUUACAGGACGCAAAGAAGAGACGAUGGGGACUGGAAAAGCCAUGGAAAGUGACAACUAUUACUAUCACAACUAAUAAGAAAACUGCCGCCCCAAGUGGCUCUACUAGUUCCAAUGGAGCGACUGGCAUAGGGAAGCAGAAGAAGAGGCCGGGGAAGAAGCGGAGAAUAAUUCUCAGGGUGCGGCAAAAAGCGAAAAAGGAACUCGAGGAGAAUGCAAAGAAACAGCUUGUCGACAAGGAGCAGCACUUAAAAGAAAAGAAACAGAGGCUAAACAAGCAGAAGAAACUAAAGCGCCGAGCCAAGGCAAGAGAGCUAAAACAGAGCAUGAAAGGUGAUGGAGCUUCUGAACAAAAUAGCAGGGAUAGUAGCCCGAGUUCAAAGUAGGAUCAAGUUAAUGUCAAUGAG